UAUGUGUAAUAACUAAUUAUUAUAUAUCCGCUUCACACUCACGUAUCACGCCUUUGUAACACCAACUAUCUUUAAAAGUAGCAGCACCACUUGGAAAAUAUCGUACUAUCCAGUGAAGACUACACAAAGACUAUGCAGAUGAAACUCUUGGUUGUUCUGUUGCUGGUCGCGUGUUUAACCGUCCAAGAAUCUGAAGGUUGGCCGCGAUGGGGGCGAAUUCGAAUUCGCAUUCCACCUCGAUGGCCAGUUCCAGGGCCACUUGGAAUAAGAGGGCGGUCAGUGGCAGGUAGAGAUGUUGCGAGAGACCUCGACUCCGAUGGGGACGGAUAUCUGGACGAGACUGAGUUAGAAAACCAUCUCAGUGAGCGAGACAUUCUCGACUUCAUAGCGGCUUUAGAUGAGAACGGUGACAACCUCCUGUCCAUUGAUGAAUUUAACAAGCAGUAAUCAAUUAAUCAGGUAA